AGUCUGAGUGAAGCAACAAUAGGGGCCAUGACAGUGAUUUAUGAUCCCCACUUCACCGGGAUCCAAUCAGGACGCGCCGAGCAGGCGAGCCUUCAUCUGACUUCCGUAAGUCGGCCAGCAGCGAUCAUGUGACGCCGAGGCUCUUCAGGGGGAGGCGGGGGAGUGUGUUCUCGGGUAUUUGUGUGUGUGUAUGUGUAAAGACAGAGAGAAACAGUGGGGACCGCUGCGCAAAGCUCGUGCUGCUGGAAUAGUAUUGGCGUCGUGCGCCUUUACGCACAAACUUUGAAGACAGGAGCGCACAGCGUGACGGUGCGGGUUUUCCCCGCAGCUUCAGGUAGACUUUGUGGUAAGCUGCUUGAUCUUAAGAGCGAAGCAGUCGGCAGGCAUCCCUCCCUACAGGAAUGGUUGAUCACCUGCCUCUUGGUGAGGAGACCUUCCUGUAUUGCACCGGCUCUCCGAGGCCUGACUACAACUGCGCUGGCCACCACACCCUGGGUGUCAUGGUAACCGACGCGUGCUCCUACCAUCACCAGUCCUACCAAGGGGUGACCCUCUUCUCUCCACCUUGCCUCUCUGAGGAUGACCUCAGUGACUCCUCCAGCCUUUGCUCCUCCCACUGCUCCAGCCCAGAGUCCUCCUCGUCUGUGUCUCACGCCAGCUACGAGAGCAAGAGCAGAAGGAGCAAUGGGUGCUGCAGCUCCUCAGGAGGAGAAAGUCAAGAGAGCCUGUUGGACCUCCUACUCUCACAAGGAUCUGUGACCACCUCAUUGAGCUCCAACGGCAGCUCCAGCUCUGUCUCCUUUCCUCUCUGCUCCUCUCUUUGUCUCUCCUCUACUACCUCCUCAUCCUCCACAACCCCCUCCCAUGUCAUGGGCCUGGACUCGCCUGCCAUAGGCCUGACAUGGGAGCCCAAGAGGGAGCAGCGGCCGAACGUCCUGCAGCAGCACACCAAAGAGGACGUUUUCGAGUUCCCGGUUUUCCUUGACGAGCUGCAGGAUCCUGAAGCACUCCUCUUUCAGCCCACUCUGGAGGAGAUUGAGGAGUUCCUGGAGGAGAACAUGAUUGUUGGGAUGGAAAAAGAGGAGGACGGCAGUGAGGAGGCGAUGUCACCUGAGACAUCAACGUCUGACGAUGCUGAGGCGGAGGGUUCGAGGACAUGGGCGGGACAGUCGUCGCCGCGAAACUCGGAUCAGACUGUGCCUGUGGCGCAUUCUCCACUUCCCUCCUUUCUAGAGACCAAAGAUGCGCUAAAGAGGUCAUCAGAUCCAUCAGAGAUGGACUGCUCGCCGUCGAUGCUGGAUGCUACUUCAGCCGACAGUCGGGUUGAUGGGAUCAAACAGGAGGACUGUGGAUCCUCAUCAGAUUCGUCUGAAAGUGCCAAUGCUUCUUCCACUGUGCCUGUCAUUCUUCAAAUCCAGCCCAUCCAGAUCAAACAAGAACCAAAUCCCAAUGCCAUAUCAGACGCUGUGACCAGUCAGCCUCAGAAAGCCCAUUCCCAGCCUGCCCAAGGUCCAUCUGAUAUCAAAAUCGCGCAGCUCCUGGUCACCAUCCAGGGGCAAACUUUUGCUUUGGUGCCCCAGUUACUUUCCCCGGCAGCUGCUAGCGCAAACAAAAUGGGAAGUGCUGGUUCGUCCAAAUUUGUCCGGAUCGCACCGGUUCCCAUUGCUGCUAAACCCACAGGGCUCGGGGACGGAAGCUUGGGCGGCAGUCUGGCUGCAGGGGUCCUCGCCGGAGGGCAGCGCUGCCAGAAAAGCGCAGUCGCAGACCUCAUUAAAAUGCACAAGUGCUCUUUUCCCGGCUGCAACAAGAUGUACACCAAGAGCAGCCACCUGAAAGCGCACCUGCGGAGGCACACGGGGGAGAAGCCGUUUGCCUGCACGUGGCCGGGCUGUGGAUGGAGAUUCUCCCGAUCUGAUGAGUUAUCCCGACACCGCCGCUCCCACUCCGGAGUGAAACCGUACCAGUGCAUCGUCUGCGAGAAGAAGUUUGCGCGCAGCGAUCACCUGUCGAAACACCUCAAAGUCCACCGGUUUCCACGAAGCAGCAGGACAGGACGCUCUGCAAACGGACCCCUGUGACCCCGCUCUGACAGACUGACGCUGAAGGAGAGGGUGGGGGAGGUGUGCGUGACGAAAACGAGACAAGGGCAUAGGUUGGUGGCACCACAGUCCAAACACCCUUAAAAGGACGCCGUGCAGAGCUCUUUUGCUGGCGUGUGUGCAUACGCUGGAGUAUGUGACGCACAUUCAUGGUACUGUGAUAAUUUAUUGGGUGACGAGGAAAGACUGGAAAACCUAAAGCAGAAAACUGUUACUUGACACAGCAAUCUCAUGGGUGGAAUAAGCUUCUCAUACAUCUUUUUCACAAAUCUCUUGGCCAAAUCUCUUUCAAAAAAUGAUUUAGGCCUUUAUAAUUUCACAUCUCUGGAGUAUUUCAUUUAAUUUUGACCCAAUAUGUGUUUUUUUAAGCUAAAUCUUGAAAAAAUGAAACAGAACCGCUGAAUCCCUGUUUACUUCCCUUAAAAAAGUGUCUCAUUGAAUGAAAUCACUGACAGAGACAGCAGAGUAUUGGAAACAUUC